GUUUGGCUCGCAUUUAAUUGCAGUGUAAUAACUUGAAUUUACACUUAUAUAAUAUUCAAUACAUCUUGGUAAAAUUGAUAUAGUUCUACGGUUAAUAAAUAUGAUACGUUUCGAUUACAUAUGUAUACUGUUAUCUACUUUUGUUGCAAUAGUUCAAAUGAUGCCAAAUAUAGAACGAUGUAAUCGUAUUCUUGAAAAGUGUCCGAGAAAAUUACGGUCAGGGCCGGUGUGUGGGUCUGAUGGACGAACAUACUCGAGUGAAUGUAAACUGCUUAAGAAGGCCUGCAAAAAAGGACGAAACUUACAAAAACAACACGACGGAACCUGUGGUGUUAACGAUGUCAUCCAAUACACUUACAAAGUGAAUAGUCCGUAUAAUAAUUACGAUUCAAGUGAUAGUGAAGAAGAUGUAUGGCCAGAAAUACAAGUCAGAUUUGACAGAAAACAUGUAUUACAAAACGGCACUCCUUCAAAUAUGAAUAAUAAAGGUGGCAAAGGAGGAAACAGGCCUAUUAGUAAUGGUAGAAAACGAGGCAAAGUACGACGAAGAAAUAGAAGAAAUCGAAGAAAAUAUGUUCGUUCUUCUGGAGAAAAUGUAAGAAAUAAAAAAUAUGACAACGAAAGUACUGAAAGACGGCAUAGAAAACCAAGUCACGGUAAAAGGCGUCAUACACACAUACCGCCGUUGAUUCCUACGCAACAACAUGAUCCACCCACCACAAAACCUAUUGGAACAACGUUAACUGCAACACAGGUUUUUACUAGUCUAACAGCAUCAAUAACAACAGUUCCAAGUCCAAACUGUAAAAUCUAUUGUUCACCGUUUCUUCCUAAGGCACAACUAUGUGCCAGUAAUGGAAAAACUUAUUCUUCGCUUUGCGAUCUUGAAAGAGAUGCAUGUAUACAAAAAGAUUUAUCGAUUGCUGUGGAAUACGAUGGUCCAUGUAGACAGGCGGAGGGUCGAGUACACUGUCCUCAAUACUGUCCUCUUGUGUUCCAACCUGUUUGUGGUAAUAACGGCAAGACAUAUCCUUCAUCUUGUUGGCUGAAUGCAGUGAGCUGUAAAGAACCCGGCAUCAAACUGUCUGAGGUACACACUGGCAGAUGUGAGACAAACAUCCAAGUUAAAGAUCCAGAUAGACCAAUAUGCAAAAGAACAUGUCCAACUGAAUUUAAACGUGUCUGCGGAAGUGAUGGAAUAACGUAUGCAAAUGAAUGUUUACUGAAGUUAGAUUCCUGUAAGGAUCCAGGACUGACGGUUGUAAUGCGAGGACCCUGUCCACCAACAGACAGUGAUUCUAGAGGUUUAAGAAAACAUCAAUGAAAUAAUUUAUCUUCAAACUACCUGUAUAUUAUUAGUAGAUUUUGCAAUAUUAUUUAUUUAGAGCAUUGUAGUGGAAAAUUAAUAAGCCAUGGUGACCUUUCCCUUAGCUUAUUUAAACACUUCAUCUCCGUACAACCUGGUGCAAUAUAUGCACCAUUUUUUUAAUUGUAAAAAGAUCGGUAUUAUUUAUUGUAUUUUCUGUAUUUUUAGCAUUUCACUAUGCAAUUAUAAUCCAUCGCAAGAUAGGCUGGUUGAAUGUCAAACUUUAUAUAAUUAUAUAGACCGUAUUCAAAUAUUUUAUGUGGAAAACCAAUCAAUCAAUCAAUUGGAGAUUUAGUAGGCGCACGUAUCUAUCAUCCAUGAUAUGGAGAUACUUGCGGCACCGCUACCUCAAAAUGCAUGUAAUCCCAACCAAAAAAGAAUAAAAGGACAAAGAGCGAAGAAGAAAACAAAAAAGAACAAAAAAAAAACAAGAUCUAAAUUGGAAGUAAGAACUGAAAGGAAAAGUUUUAUGUUCAGAUUUGAAAUGCCCAACCGAUACAGAAGUAGGAAUUAUAAGUGAGAUUUCAUUCCACCAAGAGGGACCAGCCACAGAAAAUGAACAAGUACCCCAAACUGUCUUACAAAUAGGGGAAGAUAUAAGGCACUUAUCAGCAGAUUUAAGACCUUGCCGCACAGGCUGGUAACAAAUAAGUAUGUGAGCAAGAUAUUCGGCAGAUUCAUGCAUGAGUGCUUAUAAACAAGGAGCAGAAUCUUGCAUUUCGACCUCAGAUGUAAAGGGCGCCGGACACUGCUAAUGAUGUCUUUAAAUAGCAUUCUGUUGUUACAGAAAUGAUUAUUAUUACUGUCAAACUAUUAUGUGUACAUAAUUAAUUCUGUUGUUACAGAAAUAAUUAUGUACAACAAAAUUAUUACUGUCACACUAUUCUGUGUGCAUAAUUCUGUGGUUACAGAAAUAAUGUACCACAGAAUUAUUGCUGUCUUACUAAUAAUUCUGUGUACAUAAUUAAUUCUGUGUUAACAGAAAUAAUUAUGUACUACAGAAUUAUUACUUUCUAAAUUUCUGUAGUACAGAAUAAAUUCUGUACUAUUUAAUUUUGUUUCUGUCACCACAGAAUUAUUUCUGUUCUCACAGAAAUAAUUUUGUCCAGAACAGAAAUAAUUCUGUGCGGACAGAAUUAUUUCUGUACUGCACAUAAUUAUUUCUGUCCACUCUCUACGCAAAUUAGAAGGUGGAGUUUCCAUUAUAUUUUGUCAAAGAAAAUUCGAUAGUCUGGACAGAGCUUAAGCCUAUAUAUCUUUUUUUGUACCAGAGAUAAUUGCUAAAAUAGAUUUUCUAAGUACUGUACUUUGAGUUUUACCUUAAGUUUUUUUUUGUACCAUAGAUAAUUGCUUAAAUAAUGUUCUCCCAAGUACUUUGUGUUUUACCUUAAGUUGAACAAUUAUUCGUGUAUAACUUUGUUUCAGCAGUUCGUCAAAGGCUGUUAAAUAUGUUUUUGUAUUUGUAUGAAUCAAAUUAUGUUGGGUGUAUGUUACACAAAAUGUUUUACUGCAUAUAGAAAAGGAAGAGUUCAUUCAAGAUUGCUUAAUUUUUAUAUUGAAGUGACUCAAAUUCAUCAAUUAAAAUAUUAAAGUCAAACUUGGGAUUACUAUAUACAUUAUGGCCGCCAGUCCUCUGAAGAUAAAUUUAUUUGAUUUAAUUUGUAUUUAUUUAGCAAUCAGAUUAAAAUCACUACAUGAAAUCUACUUGUCGCUAAUAAAGUAAGAAAAAUCUUUAGUUUUAGAUAGCUGAUUCAAUUCAUCCUCAAUGAACUGAAACAUGGUAAGCAAUCAUGAAACAAUAGCAACAAUUUUAUUGUAGUCGCCAGGGUAUACAUCACCCACGAGGAACAUUUUUUUAUUUGUUGAAUAUCAUGAAUAAUCAAUAACCAGCGUUUAUAUAUAUAAUAUACGACAGUAUUUCUAGCCGUAUUUCCAGAUUUAUCUGGCCGAACGCCCUCUUGAGGCA